GCAGUACGGCAUCUCUACCCUAUUGACUACAACCCCCACAAUUCCCUUCUCAGCAGUGGCCCGCUUGGCCAAAGCGGGAGAUUAUAAACACAGCCUGGCUCCGGGAAUAAGGAAUUCCCUGGUAGUGACGUCACGAGCCCGGCAUCAGUCUGAUGAAUGAAGUCGUGUUUCCCGCUGCAGCAGCCGCUCCGCUCGUAUCCAGGGACGUGAAACAGGGAAUCCUAGUGAUGUCACAAGGCCGGCCUCAUCCCCUCGUGCUCCCAACUCAUUCACCAAUCGGAUGGCAGCACAGGUGAUUCCCGCUACAGCAGCCGCCCGAUCUCCACCUUUAUAUAGAAGAAUAGUACCCAGGGGAGCAUCACUGAGCGCUGGAGACAAAGGGACUGGCUGCACCGGGCGCACAGAAAGGAAAUCCAGCAGGAGCCAUGGACUGGAAGUUAGAAAAGAUUUCCUCCCGGAGAGUUAGAGGAGAGGAGGACAUGAUGUGGGAGAGUAUCAUGAAAACACUCGGGAGAGACCUCAAGUGGAGCAGAAAGUACAACAUGCAGAAAAUGAACAAGACACCUGAUGGAAGAAGCUCAUAUUCAAGAUUCAAAAGAAGCAUCAUGAAGCGACGUGCUUGCCAUGUUCCUUUUGCUAGUAGCCCUGUUUCCACAAAAUGGUGCCAAAACAUGGAUCAAAUGCAGAGAACGGGCAUUUCUUCCUCACCAUCUGAGGAGUAUUGCCAGAUACCUGACCCACUGGUUCUACUUCCAUAUCUGACAGAAAUCCCUGUUGUGGCCAUCCGUGACUGUGAUCAGAAGCUGGACAGUUUGAAGGACAUCUCUACACCAAAACGUACACAGAAAGUGUUGAAGAAACUGCUAAGUAAGACCAGGCUAAGGUUUCUUCAGGAGCAGAACAUCCUACAAACCGUGGAAGAGCACAAACCUGGUCCGUCUAUUAGGUGUGACAACAACAUGCAGAUCUGUGAAAAGGACACAUGUACAUGGAAAGAAUGUCUACAAAUGAAAAAAAAGAAAAGCUUGGUCCAGAAAACCCAGAAGGACAACAUCUGCUCCCGUGCAGUCUUACAGCCAGAGAUUCAACUCCAUAUCAGUGGCCUUCAUAAUGACUACUAUCUAAAUCUGCUUGACUGGAAUUCAGAAAAUCUUGUUGCCAUUGGGCUAAAGUCAACAGCAUACAUAUUCAGUGGGGAUAACAGGACUGUAACUCAAAAAAUAUAUUUACCCAGCCCAGCGACAUAUGUAUCAUCGGUAUCCUGGAUUAGCAAUGGAACGUGCCUGGCAAUAGGAACUAGCAGUGGAGAAGUACAGCUGUGGGACAUUGAAACACAAAAGAGACUGAGAAAUAUGCUGGGACAUAUGUCAGUCGUGGGAGCCUUAAACUGGAAUCAUCACAUACUUAGCAGUGGGUCACGGCUUGGGCAUAUACAUCACCAUGAUGUUCGAAUAGCUGAGCACCAUGUUGGAACAUUGCAGCACAAGCAAGGCAUCUGCAGUUUGAAAUGGUCGCCAUGUGGCAGCAAAUUAGCUAGCGGGUCAAGUGAUGGGGACCUCAAUAUCUGGCCCUGUGAUCCAGCAGGGGAGACCAAACCUUUGCUAAAUAUGCCUCACCCCACUGCUGUAAAGGCUAUGAAUUGGUGCCCGUGGCUUUCUGACACACUUGGCGUCGGUGGAGGUAUGAAAGACGGACUCAUACGUAUCUGGGACACAAAAUGCGGAAAGAAUAUUCAUUCUGCAAAUACAAACUCCCAGAUCUGCUCCCUGCUUUGGCUGCCUCAGACUAAAGAACUGCUUACUGGCCACGGACCCAGCAGAAAUCAGAUGACUAUCUGGCAAUAUCCUUCUUUGUUAAAAAUGAAUGAUUAUUACGGGCACAAAGGAAGAGUCCUUCAUCUUGCGUUAAGUCCAGAUCAAAGGAGGAUCUUUUCAGCUGCAGCAAAUGGAACAGCCAAUAUAUGGAAAUACGGCAACUGAGAGGAAACAAGAACCCUGAGAGUUUGUUAAACGAGACAUACAGAGAACAGGCUUCUUUCUUUGAUAUACUUAUGCUGAUAUAGAAAUACUUUUCUGAUGCUUUUAUAGCAGCCUUACAAAGGUCUGUAGCAACUUCCUCAUCAGUAGAAGAGGAAAUCAAGUACUGUACCUAUUUAUAACUAGAUAAACAGUAUUAUAAGUAAUUUCUUUAACCUGUUCAAGAGAAAAAGAGUGUAUGGUAUUUGCAGGGGUCAUUUACAUUUCCCAAGUUGCAAGCGCUAGAGCAUUAAGGGGUGCAAGUGUGCAAGGCACACGGUUUACGUGCUUCCCCUGCCUGGCCCUCUUAAAUAAAGCUCUGCUUUUAGAUUGAAAGAUCUUGGGAGCAGGACCCUCUGAUGAAAUUUUUAUUCUGUAACCCUUGUUUGUUAAAUUAUUGUAAGUUUCCUGUUAUAAAUUAAUGUAAAGUACUGUGUAACUAGCUGGAGCUCGCUCUAUUUAAAUUGAUGCUCUGAAAGGGAAUACAGACGGCUAUGUUCAUUCUGGAACAGCAAAAAUGCCCAUUUAAGGACUUUUUUUGCACUUUGCACACUGUGUUCUGCUGCAUAAACAACCCCUAUAAUCUCCUAAACACAUGACCUAUGUGGUCAUAGGCAAGGGGGCACAUUUACUAAAGUGUGAAUUGUCUCUUCACCUAACUUCACCACGUUUCGCCUCACUUCACCAGGUGUAUUUUCACAGCGCAUCUCCACAUUUACUAAAAAUAGUAAUUUCACUAUAGAAUUGUGGUAAAUGUUCUCCAGUAUAUUUCCCCAUACAAUAGUAGUAGUAGGGAAAACUCUUUAGAGAAUUUUCUCUGACAAAUUUUCACCAUGGAGAAAAGUAGCAUGGAAAGGGCAAUGUUGAUUGUGAUUUAAAAGUGGCUGCUAAAUCUUUAUAAUGGGAUUUCGCCAUCCUGAACCUGGUGAAAUACACUUUCGCACAUGACCAGAUUUUCGCUAGAGAAUUUUGUUGCGAAACAGUGCGAAUGUUCUUAAGCUCUGAGGUUUUUUUUGCUUGCGAAUUGUCCUCUUAGCCAUUUAGUAAAUAGGCGAUGUGGCAAAUUGUCUUUUUGGAGAAUUUUCUCUAAACAUCGACAGUUCGUUCACCCUUUAGUAAAUGUGCCCCAAGAACUACAUUCAGUGGCAGGUGCAUGCAUUAUAAAGGCUGAUAUCUGUGGCAUCUCUAAAACUUUUAUCUAUCUCACACUGGGCAUUUAAACCAAAAGAUGUUUCAUAGACUAAUCACGAAGAGGCUAGUCACUCAGUUUCUGACCUUUUAUUCUUAAAGAGUAUCUAAACCAAAACAAUGAAUUGAUCUGAACUUUUGGAAUUAACAUACAUUUUCUAAAUUUAGUAGUUUCUCAGCUUUAUACCGUUUUAGACUGCUAAUAGCUGAACUUUGGCUUGACAGACUUCUUUAAAGUCAGAGUGUCAGCGACCCUAUCUAUGCACUUUCUAUAAGCUUCCGUUAUAGCCAGUUAACUAGGCUUGCUGUCCAGAGAGACAUGUUGAGCUAAAACUUGGUAUUAACAGUUUAAACCUGCUAUUAACUCUGAUGUGGCUAAUAAUUGGCUAAUAAUAAAAAAAACAAAUUUGCCCAGAGAAAAGUAAUUUUUCAUCAGUCACAAUUUUGGUUUACAUCCCCUUUAAGGUGCAAUUGAAUCACUACAAUCUCUAUGCUACAGAAUAGGGAUGCACCAAAUCUACUAUUUGGGAUUCGGCCGAAUCCGUGAAUACUUCAUGAAUGAUUCGCAGAUUACCGAACUGAAUCCGAAUCCUAAUUUUCUUAUGCAAAUAAGGGGCUGGACAGAGAAAAAGUGGAAAAAACUGUUUUAACUUCCUUGUUUUGUGACAAAAAGUUAAGAUUUCUCUGCCCGCCCCUA